AUGACAUCGCCGAAUUGGAGCGUUUCGUCCGCAUUGCCAGUCAACUCAGGCAAAAGGCGGCUUCGUGUCAAUAUCCACACACAUAUUUGGCCACACGCCUCCGUCGCAUGCUGACCGUCCUUCGUUAAGGUCAGCUCUCGCCUCUCGUUGCGACGACUCCAAUCUACCCUCGAGGCGCAUAUUCUCAACAGCUUGAGCUCUCCAGCCAUGGCGGCUCGAUAUUUGCGGCCAGGGCUGAUACGCUCUUCAAAAGCUGCUUUCGAAUGUGCCUCCCGCGCGCAACGCCGCCCGACCCAGUUCUCCAGACUCCCAUCCACCACGAGAUUACGUCCUCUGUUGUCGAGAUCUUACGCUACCGUGAACCCGGGCGAGCCGAAACCACCGCGGGAAGAUCCCGAGAAGCAGAAGAAGGAAGGUGACAAAUCCUCAAAGCCUUCAAGUGAGGAAUCAGGGAAGAGUCAAAAUGAGGGGCCCAAGACAGAAGACUCGAGUAAACUCGAGUUCAGCCCGCUCACGGAGGAAGAGGUCCGGCAGAUUGACGAGGUGGCCAAGAUGAUCAAGACCGGGCUGCCCCCAUCGCAGGCUUCCGCCGUCGACGAAGCCGUCGAGCUGAUGAAGAAAGGCGGGAUUCCAAAAGAGCUGAGAGAAGUUCUGGAAGAGCGGCGGAGAAAUCCAGACAAGCCGAUUGAUCUGGCCACGACCGUGCGCCUUGUGGGAGUGUUCACCAAACUCUCCCGCAUGAGUCCCGAAGAGGUGCGGGAGAAGUAUGGUCAUGCAGCCCAGUCUACCAAAUCCCAUGAGUCUGGGAAGGGAGAGACUCCGCUUUUCGAGCAGUCGAACAAGAACAAUGAGAAAGACAACGAUCGACAGCAGAAGCAGCAGCAACAGCAACAAAACAAACAACAAGGAGAUGGCCCCAAGGGUAAACCCACUGCUUUUGAGCUCCGACUGGACGCCGGCUCGACGAUCAUGGCAGCGAUUCUCACAUACUACAUCUACCGCACUUUGUAUCCUGGAGAAACAUCAAGAGACAUUACCUGGCAAGAGUUUAGGACCACAUUCUUCGACAAAGGUCUUGUGGACAAGCUCACCGUCAUCAACCGGAACCGGGUCAGAGUUGAGCUGAACAGAGACGCCGUUGCUCGCAUGUACCCUGAUUCGCCCGCUGCUCGUCCAAACUUCUACUACUACUUCACGAUAGGUUCGGUGGAGGCAUUUGAAAGACGGCUAGACGAGGCGCAUCAAGAACUUGGCAUCCCAAGCAAUGAAAGGAUACCGGUUGCUUACUCGGAUGAGUUGCCCUUGAGUGCCGCUCUGUUCAAUUUCGGCCCUACACUUUUGUUUAUUGGUGCCUUGUUCUGGUUCUCGCGCCGGGCAGCAUCAGGAGCAGGCGGCAACAGUGGCAUCUUCGGGAUUGGCAAAUCUCGAGCCAAGAGGUUCAACCACGAAACCGACGUCAAGAUCAAGUUCUCCGACGUUGCGGGCAUGGACGAGGCAAAGGUUGAGAUUAUGGAGUUUGUGUCCUUCUUGAAAGAUCCGUCCAAGUAUCAACGUCUGGGCGCAAAGAUCCCUCGAGGUGCUAUCCUAUCUGGUCCCCCCGGUACCGGUAAGACGUUGCUGGCCAAAGCAACCGCUGGCGAAUCCGGAGUUCCCUUUUACUCGGUGUCAGGUUCCGAGUUCGUCGAGAUGUUCGUCGGCGUGGGUCCAUCCCGUGUUCGAGACUUGUUCGCCACUGCUCGGAAGAACGCUCCAUGCAUUAUCUUCAUCGACGAGAUCGACGCCAUUGGCAAAUCGCGAGCGAAGCAGAAUUUUGGUGGAGGCAAUGACGAAAGAGAAUCGACCCUCAAUCAGAUUCUUACCGAGAUGGAUGGCUUCAACACUUCGGAACAAGUGGUUGUUCUUGCAGGCACAAACAGACCUGAUGUCCUUGACAAAGCGUUGAUGCGACCGGGCCGGUUCGAUAGACACAUUGCUAUUGACCGACCAACCAUGGAUGGCCGCAAGCAGAUCUUUCAGGUUCACUUACGCAAGAUUGUCACCAAGGUCGACAUGGAAUAUCUGACCGGCCGUCUUGCCGCAUUGACCCCUGGCUUCUCCGGCGCCGACAUUGCCAACUGUGUCAAUGAAGCCGCCUUGAUCGCCGCCCGUGCCAAUGCCACAUCGGUGGAAAUGACACAUUUCGAACAGGCUAUUGAACGUGUCAUUGGCGGUCUGGAGAAGAAGUCGCUGGUUCUGUCACCUGAGGAAAAGAAGACGGUGGCAUACCACGAAGCCGGCCAUGCCAUCUGUGGUUGGUUCUUCAAGUAUGCCGACCCACUGCUGAAAGUGUCCAUCAUCCCAAGAGGACAAGGUGCCUUGGGGUAUGCACAGUACUUGCCUGCAGGGGGUAAUGACGUGUACUUGAUGAGUGUCAAGCAACUUAUGGAUCGGAUGGCCAUGACCUUGGGUGGCCGUGUCAGCGAAGAGAUCUGGUUUGACACGGUGACCAGUGGCGCCUCGGACGAUUUCAACAAGGUGACCCGCAUGGCUACUGCCAUGGUGACGGAAUGGGGCAUGUCGCCGAAGAUCGGUUAUUUGCAUUACAAGGACGAUGAACAACGGUUGCACAAGCCGUUUUCUGAGGAAACGGCUCGACACAUUGACGAGGAAGUCCGCCGGAUUGUCGACGAGGCCUACAAGCAGUGCAAGGAUUUGUUGUUGGAGAAAAAGGAUCAGUUACAAGCCAUUGCCGAGGAGUUGUUGAAGAAGGAAAUGCUGGUCAGAGAUGACCUGGUCAGAAUCUUGGGGCCAAGGCCGUUUGAGGACCAGGGAGAUUUCCACAAGUACUUUGACAACACCGAGGGUGGCAAGAGUGCACCCCCGCCACCGCCGACAGAAAAUGAUGGUCCUUCUGGAGGCAUUCCGGAGAACCCGGCACCGGCAUUCAAACGAAUCGACCAAUAGCCUAGCACUGUUGUUAACCAGUCUGGACCCCGGUUGAUGCGCAUGCUCAUCGAUCAUAAUCCAGGCCUGCAUUUCCCACCGAAGGUUUUGGCAUAGCCAUAUCCUGCAAAUCUGAUUGCAUGGAGCACCGUCUCUCUGUUUCAACUCAACUCUUUGGUUGCAUAGCGCGGCGGUCGUUGCUUUUUGUCAUGUUGGGUUGGCGCAUCAGUCCUGGGAGACGAGGGAAUCAAGAAGAAAAAAAGAUAAACAAGAAAUACCGGGGCCUAUGACCACGUUUUGCUUCUUGAAGCUUUCGACCCCAACAACAUCUCAACUCUGUACCAUCACAUCGAGAAACCACAGAAACAAACUGAAAAUAUUCGCCGGACGGUAAUGGUUGUAUCGGCCGACCGAGGCGCGCUUAUCAUAUUAUCUUCUCUAAUAAGAGAAAGUGGGAGAGGGGAGGGGGAGGCACGACGGAACGGGGCAGAGCGAGGCAAAAGCAGAAAAGGGGAACGAUUCUAACACCGCCUCAUCUCUGUAGGAGUGAGUGGUGGAUGUUAUCUGUCUUGAUGUCUCAACCUUUCCUUCCGCACGGACAAUACCUUUGCACAAUGUCUAUCCUACCCUACCUACUUGUAUAUACCUAGUCAUCCUACGCGCCGAGGCGGAGCGAAGGACCUAGGUUCUGAUAUGUACAGCUGUACAGAUGUCUGUAUGUGUAUAUGUAUGUAUAUACCGCAGCCCACAGUGAGCCCAGCCUCGACUCUGAGACUCACCUUCUCUCCUC